AUGCCGGCGCCAUCGAUCACGUCCCCGUACGUGCUCAGCAACUCCCGGCGUUUCAGCUCGGCCCCGGGACCUGCCGACCAGCAGAGGGGAGAGCGGCAGGGCCUGGCUGGCCAUGACUGUGGGCUGCAGCCACCUCCCGUGGCUCAGGACGGCCCCCACUACCCCGUGCCCAGCCUGGCCAGGCCUGGUCCUGCUCCCUGCACCCCACCGCCCUCCACACGGCCCGCUUCCCCUUGCCACGGGUCUGCCAUCCCUGAUCCCUCCUGUCCUGGUGACACUGCGCUGGUUGCAGAGCUGGUGAUCAUGUGCCAGGUGGAUCUGGAGUCACGGGUGUCCCUGGAUGAGCUGAGCCCCAAGGCCAUGUGGUUCUGCCGAGAGCUGGGCAGCCAGGCCACACAAAUGGUGGAGGUGCUGAGUACCCGGGACCUGGCGGUGUACCAGACCAUCCAGCAGGGUGUGGAGUGGGUGAACCAGUGCACCCUGUCCCACACCCACCGUGUGCAGAAGUGGGCCCUGCUGCCCAGGGACUUCUCCAUUGCCAGUGGGGAGGUGGGGAGCGGCGAGCCAAAGCGUGGGACCCGGGCUGAGGAGCGGGCUGUGCCGGGCAUGGCUCAUCUGGUCACCAUGCCCCUCAGCACCCAGCCAGCUCCCCCCAGCAGGGAGCCAGAGGGAGCUGCGCAGCCGCUGACCAUCACCAGCGCUGACGGCCUGGGCACGGCUGGACCUGGCUGCGCGCUGGCACCUGGGGGCCAGCCUGGGAUGGCCGUGCAGGAGCCGGAUGCAGGGAGCGGGCGCCCGUCGGCCCAAGCAGAAGAGCCCCCUCCGAACCUGCCGCCUGCCCAGGCCUAUUGCUGGGGGUCGCCCCAGUGCCGGGGGGAGAGCGGGCAGGCAGCCCCCGCCCCACCUCCAGGCAUCCUGAUGUCAGUCGCAGGGGGCUGCAGCGGUCCCGUGGCGCCGGCGGAGACCCUGUUCACCACACGUGCGGACGAGGCGGUGCGGCUGCGGCUGGGACCCCCGGGGCCCGCCAACGUGGUGGUGGUGGAGGACAACACGCAGCUCAGCAAGAUCCUGCAGGUGCAGCAGCAGCUGCCCCACCUCAAGGCCAUCGUCCAGUACUGCGACCCGCUGGAGGAGAAGAGACCCAACAUGUACACGUGGGAGGAGUUCAUGGAGCUGGGGAGGACCAUGCCCGACUCGCAGCUGGACUCCAUCAUCUGCUCCCAGUGCGUGAACCACUGCUGCACCCUCAUCUACACCUCGGGCACCACGGGCACGCCCAAGGGCGUCAUGCUCAGCCACGACAACGUGAUGUGGGAGGCCAAGAUGCUGAAGGAGGUGCUGGGGCUCCAGGUUCAUGAGGUCUUUGUCAGCUACCUGCCCCUGAGCCACGUUGCUGCACAGCUCUUCGACCUCUGGCUGCCCAUGUGCGUGGGGGGCACCACCUUCUUCGCCCAGCCCAACGCCCUGAAGGGCUCCCUGCUCCUCACGCUGAAGGAGGUGCACCCUACGUUCCUGUUCGCUGUGCCCCGUGUGUGGGAGAAGAUGGAGGAGAAGCUCAAAGCCACCUUCAGCCAGUCGUCCCUGGUCAAGAGGAAGCUGGUGGAGUGGGCGCGGGGCAUCGGGCUGCAGGCCAGCUACAGCCGCCUGGACGGGGAUGGCUCUGUGCCCUGGGGCUUUGCCCUGGCCGAGCGCCUGGUGUUCAGGAAGGUGCGUGAGGAGCUGGGGCUGCAGCGCUGCACCCUGCUGAUGACCGGGGCAGCGCCCAUCUCCAAGGACACGCUGGAGUUCUUCAUGAGCCUCCACCUGCCACUCCUUGAUAUGUUUGGCUUGAGCGAGACCAAUGGGCCCUACAGCACCUGCACACCCCAGUCUUGUCGCAUCCUCAGCUGCGGGAAGGAGCUGCCAGGAUGCAGGUCCCAAAUCAAGGAGCCAGAUGCAGAGGGCACCGGUGAACUGUGCUGCUGGGGCCGCCAUGUCUUCAUGGGCUACCUGGGCAUGGAGGCCUUGACACGGGAGGCGCUGGAUGAGGAGGGCUGGCUGCACACGGGGGACCUUGUGCGCCGUGACCCCGACGGCUUCCUCUACAUCAUGGGCAGGAUCAAGGAGCUGGUCAUCACAGUGGGUGGGAAGAACAUCGCCCCGGUGCCCAUCGAGGACGCAGUGAAGAGGGAGGUGCCGAUCGUCAGCAACGCGAUGCUGGUCGGCGACGGCAGGAAGUUCCUGUCCAUGCUGCUCACUCUGAAGUGCAAGGUGGAUCCGGAGUCGGGGGCACCCCUGGAUGAGCUGAGCCCCGAGGCUGUGCAGUUCUGCCGGGAGGUGGGCAGCCGGGCCACACGGGUGUCGGAGGUGCUGAGCACGCGGGACCCGGCUGUGUACCAAGCUAUCCAGUUGGGUGUGGAGCGGGUGAACCAGCAUGCCCUGUCCCAUGCUCACUACGUGCAGAAGUGGGCCCUGCUGCCCAGGGACUUCUCCAUCACCGGUGGGGAGCUGGGUCCCACGGCCAAGGUGAAGCGACAAGCAGUGCUGAGCACCUACAAGGAUGUGAUUGGUGGCUGCUACCAGGACUAGUGCCCACACCCACGGUCUGCCCCCUGCCAGAGGUCCAGGCCUGGCGCCACUCUACCCUGGGGAGACCUGUGCCUGGCCUGGCCCGGCCCUUCCUCUUGGUGAGAGCAGGGACAAUAAACCCUGGG